CUUAACAGACUCAAUUUUGAGACCGCAAAAGACGACGCAUGAAUUAAAACUAAAUCUAAUUUAGUUGAUUUUCAACUUAUUGUGGUAAAUAGUGGCAACAGCAAAGAGGAUCGGAGCAUCUGGGUGAGCAGCACCAUCGCCAUCGCCAUCGCCAUGUCAGAUUCACAUCGAGAACGGGGUGACCGCGGCUCUGGUCCGCUGCCAAAUCGAUGGCUUUACUGUCCACGCAAGAGCGACACACUCAUUUCGGAACGCUUCCUUGCCUUCAAGACUCCUCUGAAUCAAUCCUUUCAGGACAAAAUGCCUAUCGAGUGCACCUUUCGGCCUGAGAUGCUUUUCGAUUAUUGUAAAACACUAAAGCACAAACUGGGUCUCUGGGUGGAUUUGACUAACACGAAACGCUUCUAUGAUCGCUCCAUAGUGGAGGAGCGUGGCGCCCAAUAUAUUAAGCUUCAGUGUCGUGGUCACGGAGAGACUCCGUCGCUGGAGCAGACGCACAGCUUCAUUGAGAUUGUCGAUAAUUUCAUCAAUGAGCGACCAUUCGAUGUGAUUGCUGUCCACUGUACGCAUGGGUUCAAUCGCACAGGAUUCUUGAUUGUCUCCUACAUGGUGGAGCGUCUCGAUUGCUCGGUGGAGGCCGCUUUGUCGGUUUUUGCUAACGCUCGACCACCGGGCAUCUACAAGCAAGAUUACAUUAAUGAGUUAUUUCGACGCUAUGAUGAUGAGGAGGAUGCUCCAGCCGCACCGGAGCAGCCCAACUGGUGCCUGGAAUAUGAUGACAGCAAUGGCAAUGACAACGGACAUGGCGAUCAUGGCCAUGCUGAGCACAACAAUAAAAGGCGCCAUCAUGACGAUGCCUCCACAUCCUCAGCCGCUGGAGAAGAAGAUGCCGGCGAGGAUGACGAUCAGGGCGAGGGUGAGGCCAGUGGUUCGUCUGGUCCAGCUGGUGGUAGUAAAAAGAAACGACGCCGCGAGAUGGUCAUUAAGAAUGCCCAGUUUAUGGAAGGUGUUCCUGGCGUUACCCAUUUCACGGAUCAGUCCCGCCUAACUGAGCUUCAGCGUAAGGUGCAGGACUGGUGCCAUUGGGAAAAGAGUGGAUUCCCUGGAUCGCAGCCAGUAUCCAUGGAUAGACACAAUAUCAGAAGGCUCAGCGAGAUUCCCUAUCGUGUGUCAUGGAAAGCCGAUGGCACACGCUACAUGAUGCUCAUAGAUGGUCGGGACGAGGUAUAUUUCUUCGAUCGCAAUCACUCCUGUUUCAAGGUGGAUAAUGUCACAUUUGUGAAUGGCAAAAAUCUAAAUGAACAUCUCGAAGGAACGCUUCUUGAUGGGGAGAUGGUGUUAGAUAAGAUUGGCAAAAUGGUGACACCUCGUUAUCUGGUUUACGACAUUGUUCGCAUCUCUAAUCGCGAUGUUCGCGAUGAGCCAUUCUAUCCCAAUCGGCUCGAAUACAUAGAGCAUGAUGUGAUUGGUCCUCGCAUUAAGGGCAUGAAGGAAGGCAUUAUUAAUCAGCGUCUACAAUCGUUUAGUGUGCGCAACAAAGGAUUUUGGGAUAUUUGGACGUCUGGUCGUCUGUUGGGAGAAAAAUUCUCACGUACAUUAGCCCAUGAGCCCGAUGGACUGAUCUUCCAGCCGUCGAAGCAGCCCUAUACAGCUGGCGUUUGCUGCGAUGUCUUCAAAUGGAAACCACAUGAGCUUAAUUCGGUGGAUUUUCGCCUAAAGAUCAUAACCGAAAGCGGCGAGGGGUUGCUCACCAAAAAAGUGGGCUUCCUCUAUGUGGGCGGUCACGAUGCAGCAUUCGGCCGCAUGCAGAAGCUAACCCAGGAGAUACGAGAGCUGGACAACAGGAUUGUUGAGUGCACAAUGAAUCAGUAUGGCAACUGGGAAUUUCUUCGCGAGCGCACAGACAAAAAGCUACCCAAUAGCUAUAAUACGGCAGUUGCCGUCGUGGAGAGCAUCAGGCAUCCGAUAACCAAGGAAAAUCUAUUAAACUAUAUAGCCAAUUAUGGAUUUCGCGACGAUCAUGGCAUGAUGCCGCCGCCACAUCAAGGCCAACAACGAAGGCCUCAGCACUAACUAAAACCCACAUCUACUCCUAAUCCUCCCCCCACCCCACAACAAAUGCUAUUGUAACCAAUCCCGAUGUUGAUCCUGUACCACUUUUGUCCUGCAUCUCUUUUUCUAUCUUUGGACCCCCCCCCCCAACCCGCCACAUCUACAUCAUCCAGAACAGACAAACAACUCUAGGAAGCUCUAUAAAUAAUAUUAAAAUAUUAAUAAAGAAAUAAGGCCAAUAAUGUAA